AUGCCCGUCACCGAGCUCGCUCGCCUGCGCCUCCACAAGGGCACCACGGCCUCGACGCCGUCGCUGCGCGCGCAUCUCGCGCAGGCCAAGACCGCGAUGGAACAGGCUAGCGGACAUGAAUUCUGGUAUUACCACUGCAUCGAGGACCCCGAAGUGAUCUUCAUCCUGGGGUCGUGGCCGUCUGUCGAGUUUCACAUGCGCGAGUUCAUCCCCGGCGCAGAGAACCAGGAAAUCCUCCGCCUGCUUAGGGACCAGGUCACGGUGGAGUGGAUGUUUCAUCUCGACAUUGACCAGCGCGUCGACCCGCUGCCGCUCCGCCAUGACGUCCUCUCGGUUGAUCGGUUCUUCGUCAAGGACGGGCACAGGGGCCAAUUCGCGGCUGCAGUACAGGACAUCAGACACGCCUUGGAGUCAGUGGUGGGGGGACCGGCGCGGAUCGCAGGGGGAUGGCGCCUCGACAGAGGAUACGAUCCUUCAAGUGAAGGCGAGGAACUAAAGGAACAGCAGUUCGUCCUCUUCACUGGCUGGGACAACAUGGAACAACACUUGGAAUAUACGAAUACGGAAGGAUUUCAGAAGUAUCAUGGACAGGCCAGGAACCAUAUGGAGGGCUCAGAUGUCAAUCAUGCGAGAUUGUUGCAUGUUGGGGAGAUGUAG